UAUUGUUUUUAAUAUAAAUUCUGGUCAUUACUUUUGUUGAGCCGCUGAGAAGUGGGACUAACUGGUCUCGUUUUCGGACUUACUUUAGAUUUAACUUAAGUAUCUAACUAAAACAAAAUUCAAAAUUUUGUUACAUUAUAUUAACUAUUGAUAGAAGGUCGUUAUGGGUGAUCGUGGUGGGAGAGGAAUAGCUCGCGGUCGAGCAGGGCGAGGUGGCAACGGAGAACAACAGCACAGAAGACCGGGGGAGCAAAUGCGCUCAUCGCAAUCUGCUCCCCGUCCGAGUACAUCUGCCCCCCGUCCGGGUACAUCUGCCCCAAGACCUCAAAUACCUAGUACAUGGGGUCCACCCAGCGUAGCUCCACAUGUCAGAGCUGGAGUGCCUCAACCAACUGAAGUUGCUGGCAGAGCCUCACAUCGUUCAACUCCAUCCACGCAUGCACACCCUGGAGAUUUAGAUGUUCAGCAACAAAUGCAAAAUUUGGACAUAGGUAGAAAAGAAUUAGGAGGAGGUGAUACUGCAUCUGCACCUUCACGAGGCUCAUUCCGAGGUGGUGGCAGAGUACUGCCUGAUCAAGUUCAAGUUCUUAGGACAAGACCAGAAGCAGUUACAUCAAAAAAGGGAACAUUUGGUACACCGAUAAAUCUAAUAGCCAACUAUUUCACGGUGGAGACUACUCCUCAAUGGUGUCUUUACCAGUACCAUGUUGAAUUUGAUCCAGAGGAGGAUCGCACUGGUGUUAGAAAGUCUCUUUUACGUCCACACACCAAAAAUUUUGGGGGAUGUUUAUUUGAUGGAACGGCACUGUAUACUGUGAAUCGCCUACCACAGAGUCCUAUGGAAUUUUACUCUGAGCGAAAAUCAGAUGGAGAGAAAAUACGGAUGUUGGUCAAGCUGAUUUGUGCUGUCAGUCCUGGAGACUACCAUUACAUCCAAGUCUUCAAUAUUAUUAUAAGAAAGUGCUUCACCAUGCUGAAUCUUCAACUGAUUGGGCGAGAUUUCUUUGAUGCACAGGCUAAGGUUGACAUGCACGAACACAACCUGCAAAUUUGGCCUGGAUACAAAACUACUAUCAACCAAUACGAGGACCGGCUUCUGAUGGUCACAGAAAUAACGCACAAGGUCAUCCGUUUGGACACAGUUCUGCACUUGCUGCAUACAUAUAGCCACAGCAAGGGGUCUGGAUUCAAGCCUCAAUUUGCUGCAGAUUUGGCAGGUCAAAUAGUGAUGACUGAUUAUAAUAUGAAAACGUAUCGAAUUGACGACGUGUCGUGGGAUACUACUGUCCGAUCAACCUUCCGUAUGAAAGAUGAGAAUAUCUCAUACAUUGACUAUUAUAAAAAGAAAUACAAUAUCACCAUCACGGAUAUGGCCCAGCCCCUGUUAAUAUCACGUUCGAAGCCUCGCGACAUCCGAGCGGGAAUGCCCGAGCUUGUCUUUCUGGUGCCGGAAUUGUGCCGAUUGACUGGUCUUUCGGAGGAGAUGAGAGCCAAUUUUCAACUCAUGCGCAGUAUGGCCGUUCAUACUAAAAUAGGCCCCGAUCAGCGAAUUCAGAAAUUGCUCCAUUUCAAUCGCAGGUUGACUCAAACUCCUGAGAUCGUGCAGGAGCUGGCGUCUUGGUCAUUGAAACUGUCCAAUGACUUGGUGCGUUUCAAAGGACGACAAUUGCCUCCCGAGAAUAUACUCCAGGGAAAUAAUGCUAAAUACCCGGCUGGAGAUAGUUUUGACGGGUGGACUAGAGAUAUGCGAUCGAAACAGCUACUUACAAUUGCUCAAGUACCUUCGUGGGUCGUGAUUACUCCGAGUCGGCAGCAACGAGAUGCGGAAUCUUUCGUGGAUCUCAUAAUGAAGACUGGCGGCGGGUGUGGAUUUAGACUGCCAAGGCCUGAAAUUGUAACAAUGCAAAGAGACAGCAGUGGGGAUUAUUCCAAUAUGUGCGAUACUGUUAUUGCCCGUAAAAAUCCCACUAUAAUGCUUAUCGUCUUGGCUAGAGCUGCUACUGACAAAUACAGGGCGAUAAAGAAGAAGUGCACCGUCGACCGCGCGGUUCCCUCGCAAGUUGUGUGCGCAAGGAAUAUGACAAGUAAAACUGCGAUGUCCAUUGCUACAAAGGUCGCAAUACAAAUGAACUGCAAGCUGGGUGGAGCACCGUGGACGGUUGAUAUCCCGCUUCCAUCUCUCAUGGUUAUCGGAUAUGAUGUUUGCCACGACACGCGAUCCAAGGAGCGCUCGUAUGGAGCGUUUGUGGCCAGUCUUGACAGGCCCAUGAGCCAAUACUUCUCAGCGGUUAAUGCACAUACUUCGGGAGAGGAACUCUCCGCCCACAUGAGCUUCAAUGUCGGUUCCGCCGUUAAGAGAUAUCGCGAGAGGAACGGUGUAUUACCCGGAAUGAUUAUAGUAUACCGUGACGGCGUUGGAGAAGGACAAAUUCCCUAUGUCUCCAGCCACGAGGUUGCUGAAGUGAAGAAAGUGCUAACUGAAAUAUACGGAACUCCGCAAUUCAAGUUGGCGUUCAUAAUCGUAUCGAAACGCAUCAACACGCGUAUCUUCGUCGAAGGGAAUCGUUACGGGGACAAUCCCAAACCUGGAACGGUCAUUGACGACGUGGUUACAUUACCGGAGCGUUACGACUUCUAUUUGGUAACACAGUCAGUACGCGAGGGUACGAUUGCUCCAACCUCUUACAAUAUCAUUGAAGAUACAAGUGGACUGCCCCCAGACAGGAUCCAGCGUCUGACGUACAAGCUGACUCAUAUGUACUUCAACUGCUCCUCCCAAGUGCGAGUCCCCUCAGUGUGCAAAUACGCCCACAAAUUGGCUUUUCUGACGGCUAACAGCUUGCAUGAUCAGCCACACCGUUCGCUCAGUGAAUCUUUGUACUAUAUUUAAUUUUAUUAAUUAAGGUAAAUACACAAAAGUGAAAAUUAUGAUAUUAAUUGAACAUGCCAUUACAACGUAUGCUAAAAAUAUUUUCUUUUUUAAAAUUUAAUUUACUUUUGUGCAUUUGAAUUGAGUUAUUAGUUAAUAGUGUUUAUCACCAUGGCUAUGAUGUUAUUUCCAAGUAAAUAUAACAUUAACCAUCGAGCAAGACUCAAAACUCUCACUACACUAGUAGUACUUACAUUUUUUAUUUUGCAUUUGUAUUAGAAUCUCGUAGCUUGAAUAAGUCAAACAUUUAACCAUUAAUUGUCAUAUUAGACUUCCAAUUACCUCGUUAAUACAUAGUGCGAAAAGUUCAAAAUAUAUUUGUGUUAAUGUUCUUAAACAUUUUGGAGUUUAUAUGAAAAGAAUGUUUUUCUGGUUUAAUUAUUACUUAGUUUGUAAGUUAUAGAAAUAGGCAACAGAAGUAUUUUUGGUUAGGGCAGGAUUUCAAAGUGGCUAGAACUUCGUAACAAAAUGCAUCCGUAUUGAUUGGCUUGAAGUAACUCUUAGUUCUUCAAACUCGAGGCUGUUUAGUUGGAACGAAAAACAGCUCUUCGACGACUCGUUAACUCAUUUGAAAUAUAUAGCUAUUAACAAGACUAUUUUUGAAAUUUUAUUCAUUAAAAUAUACCUACGUUUAUUAGCUUUGAGAUCUUGGCCAGGUUGUGAUGUUUCAUAAUGACCAAUCUCUGUUAAAACUUCUGGCAGCUCAGUUGUCCAGACGGGAUUGGCCUUUUGGGACAAAAGUGAUAGUAUUAGUCAUUUGUUGAUUUAAUUAUUAUUCUUGGUAAGUUAAUCGUUGCCAAAACCCCACCUUGAACUAAACUUGGCAAGUGUCAUAUUGUUGCAUUUCCUAGAUGUUUACUGUGAUAGUGUUUAAGAUUUGUUGGAAGGUCCUCAUUUUUAUCGAGAUGAGGGCCGGUGUACACUAGAGAGUUUUCCGAGAGGAAUGAUUCGAAGCAAUGCUUCAUAUUUUUGUACUCUGGUUUUUUAAGUAUUUUUUCAUUAAAUAUUCCCGCUGUCCUAUAGUUUGAUAACUGUCUUCAUAAAUAUUUAAGUCUGUGGUAAAAUGUUACAGCAGAUAAAAACUGACGAACGUUUUACUAAAUUGUUCUUUGAAUUAGUAUGUUAUCUAACUAUAGAGGCGUGGGUUCUUUCGUAAA